AUGCUUUUCUUGCAUGUUUUCCGUACCCUUCAGGGUAAAAGAAUCACAGUUCAUGUUAAAAAUGGAAUUGUUAUCGAAGGUACUCUCCAAUCAAUUGAUCACUUCUAUAAUAUUAAGCUUAUCAAUACAGAGACUAAAGACGCUGGAAAUUUAAAUAUGGUUUCAACACUUUCAACAGCUUAUAUUCGCGGAACAUCUGUUCUUUAUAUAGAGCUUCCAAAAGAUGAAAUAGAUUUGAACAUUCUUCAUGAUGCUACACGCCGCCAAGAAGAAACAGAGAAAUAA